AUGGACACUAUUAAAUAAAAAUGGAAAAACUAUACACUUUAAAAACGUCUUAAAGACCUAUGGGAGGAUUACAAGAAAGUUUCAAAUUUAUCAGAUGAUCCAUAAACACUAAAGAAGUAAUUUGAAUUUUGCUAAAAGAUUUUAACAAUUUCUUGAAUAAGCAAAUAUAACAAUUAAGAAUUUUUUAAAAAGCAAUGAUCAAUAGUUAGAAGUCAUUUUAAGUGAUGCUAAUUAAAUUUUGGUAGUAAUAUUAGAUUAUUUGAAUAAAUUUCCUGAAAUCUAAAAAAGGUUAUAAUUUGUUUAUAAUAAUCUUUAGAAAUGCAGAUUAAGGGCAAUUAGUUUAAGACAUAAUGGAAUAAUGUAUUUAAUUGGCUGAAUAAAUUUUGAGAGAACCAAAGUAUCGUAAAAGUGUUGAAAAUUCUCGUAAUGUAUUGUCUGACUUUUUAAAUUUAAUUGAAAAAGCAUAGAAAACUGAAUCUAAAGUUCUUAUCAUAAAAUUGAUUGUAUAAACUAUUUUGUAACAAAGGUUUUAUUUUCAGAGAAUCUCAAUUAAAGGAUUGAAUUUUUUGAAUAAUAAGGAUUCCACAAAUUGCUUUCAAUAUUAAUGAAUAAGGAUCCAUAACUUAAUCGAGUAAUAUCUAAGGCACUCUUGCAUUUUUUACUAAUAGAAGAUAUAAAUUAAGUAGUUAUAUGCAAUGUAGAAGAUAGUCAAGAAUAAACAAUCAAAUAAAAAUUUAGUAAAAUAGCAGGAUCAUUGAGAUCAUUUGCAUUUUAAGGUAUUAAAUCAUUAUUUAUAUAACAUCAGAACUCUCUAAGGUUUUCCUUCCAACUUAAAAUAAUAAACAAUUAAGUAUAAAGUAGUUUUCUGUUGAAAAAAAGGAAAUUUUAACCUUAGAAUAAGCUAUAGAAUAAUAGAUAAGUUUGCAAUCAAUAUUUGAAGUUGAUUUAAGUUUCUAUAUGAAUUCACAAUCAAUAAGUAGAUCAACUUCAGAUUAGGAUCAAAAUAAAAAUGAAAUUUAUGAAAAAAUUAUCAGUAUUAAUAAUACUCCUCCAGAUAGACUUGCUUUAUCAUAAACAUAAUCUGAGAGAUCUUAAUCUGAAGAUAUACUUAAAGAAUUUUAAGUACUUCAAGGGGGAUUUAAAGCAAUUUUAGAAACAUUAGAAAAAGCUACAUCAGAAGUUUAAGUAGAUUUACUUUAGACUAUUUAAGAAAUUCUUUAAAAUAAUGCUAGAAAUAAAAUAGAGUUUAAAAGAGUGAAUGGUUAUCAAAUAUUAAGUGAUUUUAUUAGCCAUAAAGAUUUAGAGGAUGAAUAAUUUUAACAAUAGUUCUAUAAUUUUUUGAAACAAAUAUCAACUACAGAUACUGAGAUUGAUGAUUUAGAUGCAUUUACUUUGAUGCUUGAAUUAUUACCUGUAUAAUAGGAUAAAAUUUUAAAUAUUAUUGUUGAAGUAUUGAAUUAAAAUUGGAAAAAUGUUAUAAUUGCAAAAAGAUUAAAAUUAUAUUAUUAUUUAGCUAUUAUUUAAAUGAGAUAAUAUUUAUCCUCUGAAUAAAUUACUGAAAAGUUCUGCAAUAUUGAUAACGAAUAUAUGUUUACAAAUUUUAAAAAUAUUUUAAUUAAAGUUAAAUUUCAAUAAUCAGAUGAAACAUGUUAAUAACUAUUUUAACUUUAUGAAUAAUUAAAUUAGUUAGAAGGAUUUUAUAGUCUUGAAUUUGAAGCUAUCUAAAGUUAAUUAGCCAUAUUAUUUAUUGAUGAUAUUGAUAAAUUUAAAUAAAUUGUUGGAUUUACAUUCAAAAUGAUAGAAAUGAAAAUGAGUAAAAAAUGUAGAUAUAUGAAUUCCUUUGAUCAUUAAAGUGAAUUAGCAUUUCGAAAUUUUAGUAUUAUUUUUGAGUAAAUUUAUCAAACAUUUUUAUAAGCCAAAAAAAACAAUAUGUAAAUGGCAAAGGAUUAAUCUAAUUAUGUAUUUUUUAUAUAAAUUGUUGAAAUUAUUAAUUAAUUUUUAGUAUGUGAUCAUAAUAUAUAAAAACAAGAAGUAGAUAUAUUUAAAAAUAUGGUUAGUUAAAAUAGAUGUGAAUAAUUUAUGAAUUUAAUCAAUAAAAAUCUCAAACUAAUUCAAAGUAAAUAAAUACUAGAACUAUUUGAUUUUGAAUAUAACGAAAAAAGUAAUCUAGCAAUUGCUAAUUUACAAUUCCGUUUGAAUUAAGUUUUGUUUAAUUCAUUGGCAGGAAUUAUGAGACAUAAUGAUUUAAAAAUAGAACCUUAAAUGGUUUUAUACUUAAUCUAUUCUUAAUAUGAAAUGUGGAAUGCUUUAGAAUAACAACCCCAAAAUCCAAUAACUCCUUUAUUAGAAUUCUUGAUGGAUAUUUCAAAGUUAAAUUCGUAAUAUUUAUAAUGUAUAUCACUCUUUUUUUUCAAAAUCAAAUUGCAUGAUGAAAACACAUUAGUUAUUGAAAAUCUCAUAUAGUUUUUAAAACAAAAUGAUUUCAAAAAUUAAGAACAAAUAAUAAAUAUGAUUAUUUCAAUAUGUAAGAAUUUACCACAUUAUUAUGAUAUGGUAAAUCUAUAUCCAGUUUUAAUUUAAUUUAUAGAAAUAUACUUAAAUAAAGUAGAUUUAGAGCCAUGGUUUGAUUUUGUAUUUUCAGGAGAAACAAUAAAAAAAUUAAACGAAUAAAAUUAUGGAGUUACAAUGAGUGAUAUACUAAGUUUGUUAUCAAUUCAUAGUAUGUUUUAGGAUAAAGUAUUUGAUAAAAUGAUAAAUGGAGAAUAUUUAACAAAUUCAUUUGCAACUCUUUAAUAUGAAACAACAAAAGAAUAAAGUAUUAAAUUAUCAAAUAUAUUAUAUCUUUUGAAUGCUAAAAGCAACAAAAUUAAAGUAAUUAUUGUUUUAAUAUUAUUAGAAUCCCAUUUACAGUAAUAAAUAGAAAUUCUUUUAAUUGAUAUAAAAAUUAAUCAAUGCAGAAGAGUUUUCAAAUUAAUUAUGUAAUACUGUAUAUAAACUUGUAUUUUGGAAUUUUGAUAGUUAUCAUUUACUUUAUACAGAAAAUAGCAGUAAUGUUUCUUCAGUAAUGGGUAGAAGUGAAUUUGCUGAAAUAAUUUAAAAAACUUAAAAAUAAUAUAUAGAAAAUAAACAACCUAUUUAACAUAUAACAAAUUUAGAAUCAUUGGAACUUUUCUUUUUAAUGUUAGGUAAAAAUAAAUCUUAAAAUUAUAUAAUUGAAAUUUUGAAGAUUUUUGAAUCUAUUUUGGAUAAUUAAAAUUUAGCUACUUUAUUAGAUUCAAAUAUUAUAUAAAGUUUAUGUAUGUUAUUGUAAAAUACAGAUAAGAGAAUUGCAUAAUAAAUUUAUAAAAUAAUAAGGACAAUUAUAUAUUAUGAUUUGAGUAAAUCAAACAAAUUGAAAAUUAUAGAUAUUUUAAAAAGACAUGAUGAUUCAUCUCAUAUUUUAAUAGAUUAUUUGAAAGAUUUAUUAUAAAAUCCAGUAAUAAAAAAUGAUCAUGUAACCUUUUUAAAAAAUUUUGACUUUUUAGUAAAGAAUUUUGAAGAAUUAGUUGGUUUUAAUGAAGAAAUAGAUAUUUUAUUAUUUCAAAUAAUAAAUUUGAUGGCAUCUAAAAAUUCUCCAGAAAUACGAUCAGUAUUAAAAUAAUUGAAUUUAUUUGAAUUUAGAGAUAAUUUGGCAUUGUAAAUAAUAAAAUAUAAAAUGGAACCAUAAUAGUUAAUGGAUAUUCUAUCAGGAAUUCCAUUUGCAUAAUUAUGUAAUAGUAGAAAUUUUAAAGAAUCCCAUUGUAUGGCUUAUUUAUUAUAAAGAUUGAUUUAACAUAAGGAUCAUUUUGGAUUAACUCUUUUAAUUAUUAAGAUUUUAAAAUACGAUAUAUCAUAAAUAGAAGAUAAUAGAAAAUAUGUAAGUAAGCUUUUAUAGAAUGAUUAAUUGAUUAAUUUCUUUUAUCCACAAAUGUUAAGAAAAUAGAGCAAAAGUUUAAAAUGUUUUGAUUAAGAUGAUCAAAAAAAUUAAAGAUCUAAUUCACCAGAAACAGAUGCAGCAUUUUCUCAGAAUAUGACUGUAGAUCAAUUUCUAAAUUUAUUUUUCAGUGAUAAAUUAUAAGAUGAACGAUAGCAAAUCAAAUUAACAUUAGAAAGAGCUCUUAUUCCAGUUGAAAGUGAAAACAAGAAAUAAAUUAUGAAAUAUAAUAUGAAGAAAUAAAAUCGAUUAGUUAAAUUAUCAGAAUAAGAAUAAAGUGAUAAUUUAAAAGUAAAAUCUAUUAAAUAUUUAGAUUUAAACUUCAAAUAAUGAUUGGGAAUUUAAGAUAUAAUCUCGUUUAAAAAAGAGUAAUGAAAGAUCAAAAAUGAGAAUAUAAAAAUAAUAAGAAUAAUUUGAAUAAUUAUUGGCUGAUGGAGAAAAUUAAUGGUUUAAUUUGUGUUUAGGAUAAUGA